GCGGGGCGGUGGUUCAUGGCGCUCGCGUGCCUGCUCAUCCUGUCCGCGUCGGGGGCGACCUACGCCUUCGGCAUCUACUCCACGGCGCUCAAGUCGUCGCUGGGCUACGACCAGCGCACGCUCAACACGCUCGCCUUCUUCAAGGACCUCGGCAGCAACGUCGGCGUCGUCGCCGGGCUCCUCAACGAGGCCGCGCCGCCCUCGGCCGUGCUCGCCGUCGGCGCGGCCAUGAACCUCGCCGGCUACCUCAUGGUCUACCUCGCCGUCGCCGGCCGGACCUUGCGCCCGCCGCUCUGGCUCAUGUGCACCUACGUCUGCGCUGGGGCCAAAUCGCAGUCCUUCGCCGGCACCGGCGCGCUCAUCACCUGCGUCAAGAGCUUUCCAGGGAGUGGCCGCGGGGUCGUGCUGGGCCUGCUCAAAGGCUACGUCGGCCUCAGCGGCACCAUCUUCACGCAGCUCUACCUCGCCAUCUACGGCGGGGACGACUCCAAGUCCAUCCUGCUGCUCAUCGCCUGGCUCCCCGCAGCCGUAUCCGUCGUCUUCCUCCCCGUCGUUCGCGUGAAGCCGCCGCCGCCUAGACGAAGCGCCGGCGCUAACGACGAUGGCGCUUUCUUCUGCUUCCUCUACAUCUCCGUCGCCCUCGCCUCCUACAUACUCGUGAUGAUCGUCGUCCAGAAGCAGAGCAGCUUCUCGCACGCUGCCUACGCCGCGUCGGCCACCGCGCUGCUCAUUCUCCUCAUCCUUCCCCUGCUCUCCGUCGUCGUCCGGCAGGUGUACUACUACUACUACUGGCUCUACAAAAGAGAGCUCCAGCAAGAGCCUCCGCCGGAGCCCCCGACAUCGACAUCGACAUCGACAUGGGUGACCGCCGAGAAGCCAACCGCUCAAGUCGUGCAAGUGGUAGAGCAUCCGCCGCCGACGUCGCCGUCGUCUUCUUCUUGCCUCGGCUCUUGCUUGAAGCACAUGUUCAACCCGCCGGCGCACGGGGAGGACUACUCCAUCCCUCAGGCGCUAGUGAGCGUGGACAUGCUGGUGCUGUUCCUGGCCACCAUCUGCGGCGUGGGCGGGACGCUGACGGCGAUCGACAACAUAGGCCAGAUCGGGCAGUCGCUGGGGUACCCGGCACAGAGCAUCAACACCUUGGUCUCCCUCGUCAGCGUCUGGAACUAUGCCGGACGGGUCACGGCCGGGUUCGCGUCCGAGGCCCUGCUGGCGCGGUACGGCGUCCCGCGGCCGCUCGCGCUCACGCUGGUGCUCCUCCUCUCCUGCGCCGGCCACCUACUGAUCGCCCUCGCCGUGCCGUGGUCGCUCUACGCCGCCUCCAUGAUCGUCGGCUUCUGCUUCGGCGCGCAGUGGCCGCUCAUCUACGCCAUCAUCUCCGAGGUGUUCGGGCUGAGGUACUACGCCACGCUCUACAACCUGGGCGCCGCGGCCAGCCCCGUGGGCGCCUACCUGCUCAACGUGUGCGUCGCCGGGCGGCUCUACGACGCGGAGGCGGCGAGGCAGCGCGGGGACGGCGAGAGCAGGACGUGCAUGGGCGUGCGUUGCUUCAGGGAGUCGUUCCUCAUCGUAACGGCCGUCACCGUGGGCGGCGCGCUCGUGUCGCUGGUGCUGGUGUGGAGGACGUGGAGCUUCUACAAGGGAGACAUCUACGCCAAGUUCAGGGAUGCCGUGGCCGUCCAGGACUCAUCCGACGGUGGUUGCGCGGUUGAGCAGCGGCCGCAGGAGCCGAGUCAACACCGGUAA